AUGAUGAUCCUCCUCCAAUCGUCCGAUCUUUGGUUGACUCUCCUCACGACGUGCUGCCUUUCUCUUCUCUUGUUUUACGUUCUGAAAACACUUGUCAAUCUGAGAAGAAAUAUUGCCAAAGUUCAAGACAUUCCUGGCUAUUGGCAACUCCUCAGUGAGGGUUUCAUUCGAAUUCCUAUCCUUUCUCCUUACAUUGCACAUGGCAACUCGGAUGUGAUCAUUCAACUCUUGAAACAAGAACAACUGAAACAACAACAACACAACAAGGAUUCCAAUUCAUCCAAUUCUUCCAAUCAUCAUCAUUCGAAUCAAUUAUGUAUUCGAGUUUCCACUCCUCAUCGUAACAAUAUUCUCUUUGCCGAUAAAGAUUCUUGCAAAGAAGUUCUUCUCACCAAAUCUUCUUCCUUUGUGAAACCAGUGGAAACAUUUUAUGAACCUUUUAACAUCUUUUCAAAGAAGGCAACGUCUAUUUUGACAGCUCCGGAUGGACCUGUUUGGAAGAAUCAUCAUGUGGUAGUCUCUCCUUCCUUUACGACAAAUAAUUUGAGAUUGAUGUGUCAAGCGGCAAUUCGAGCCACAGAUGCAUUGUUUCACACCAAAUGGGAAAAGUUAUUAAAGUCUUCGCAAGAGAGCAUGAUUCAUCAUCAAACGAGUUUGGGAGAAAUUAAGAAAGAUGGUUUUGUGUUGGAUUUGGAGGAUUAUUCCGAUGUGACUUUGGCAGUGAUUGGUGAAGCUGGUUUUGGAAUUGAUUUUGGAAUUUUCUCGGAAACAUCCAAUGAUGGAAAGAAAUUCAGAGAGGCAUUGACGAAUGUGAUCAAACAUGAUUAUUAUCAACGAUUUUUCUUUGGAGAAGGACUUGUUCGAAAGAUGUUAGCUCGUUACACUAAAACGGAUCAAGCGCUUGAACUGAUGAGUGAGCACUUGAAUCGAUACAUUUCUCAGAGACAAGAAGAAUUCAAGAAAGAUCCAGAAAAACCAUUGAAUGAUCUCUUGUCACAAUUAGUGAAAGCAAACAUGGAAGAAGAAUCAAAUCACAAAUUGACAUUGGAUGAGUUGAAGAGUAAUGCAUAUAUUUUCGUCAUUGCUGGACAUGAAACAACGAGUACAACACUACAAUGGCUCAUGUAUGAAUUAUCAAAGAAUCAAAAAACUCAACAAAAAGCAAGAGAAGAAGCUUUAAGAAUUGGUGGACCUGAAUUGAGGGCGCCUAAUUUCGAUGACUAUGCCAGCAUGGAUUAUAUUCAUGCAACCAUGAUGGAAUCUCUUCGAUUGCAUCCUCCUGUGGUUUCCAUUGUUAAGGAAUGUUGUAAGACCACCACCAUUGGCAAGUACAAAAUUCCAAAAGGUUCUACCAUUUACCUUGAUGCCAAAGCUUGUCAAACCUUAUCUGCCGAUUUUAAUAAUGACACCUACAAGGGUACAGACUUUGCACCAGAACGAUUCCUCGAUAAGGACUUUAAACAAAAGGUUAUUUCUAGUGUCAGUUGGUUCCCAUUCUCUGGAGGAAACAGAAAGUGCAUUGGCUAUUCAUUCAGUCAAAUUGAGACGUGCAUGAUCUUGUGUCGACUUUUACAAUUUUAUGAAUUUACAUUGUUGAAUGACGAAAGCAAGAAGGAAGAUAAGAUUGUAGAUGUUCCUGGCGUUACUGCAAGACCUUCAUCGAAUUUGCGAGUGUUGGUUACCAGAAGAAGAUGA